AUGACCAUCUGCGAGGUCAGACUGCAAUUUCAAAACGCUGAGCAGCCAAUCGCCCUGAGGGAUAAAGACCUGAUUAAGAAGAUUCCGGUUAUCGCUGCAGCUAUUGAAGUUGAGAAUGUCAAUUGGGAGACCACCGAUACAAUCAUAGCGGAUCCAAUCGAUAUUCCAUUCUCGAGGGAAGCCGGAGAGUUCUUGCUCGACAAUAUCCGUAAAUACGAGAUGCCAGAUAAGGAAACUACAGUCAACGACUACCCAGAAGCUGACCAGUUGAGCCUACAGGAGCUCAAACCGAUCAUGGAGUUAGCCGUCUUCUUCAACUGCACCGUUUUCCGGCAUGCCAUCGGAUUCGUGGUGGUCAAGAAGCUGGAGAAGGAGAGCUUCGAGAACAUUACACGGUAUCUCGGGACGCCAAUGGUGGGACCGGGUCGCUAUUUGGAUGAAGCAGGCGGAUGGGUGAAUGUUUUGGAGCCAUAA